CAGAUUUGAUUAAUAUUCGGAACAUGAACGAUCCAAUGGGAGAAACUGGAUUCUCCGGAGAAUCUGCCGCGAUCGUCUUCUCGGAGACGGAUAUGGCGGCGGCGGAACAGCUUAUGCAGCUGAGCGAAGAAGGAACGGGGAGCUGUAGCAGCAGCACCGGCGGAUAUGGUGGCGGCGAAAUAGGACUACGCAAGAGAAGGCAUCAUGAAGAUGUUAGCUCGAGAAGCGGAAACGAGCAAAACGACGGCGUAAAAGGGAAUUGUGAUCUUGUCGUGAAGAGGAAGAGGAAGAUGAAAGAAAAGAAGUUUCGAUCUCUAGAGAGUAUAUACAGAGCAACGAAGGAGAUUAGGUCUUAAUGUAACAAAGUGGGAUGGGUAAUUAAUUACAUGUCAAUUACGUGUUUGUUAAUCGUUUUUGUAACCUGUUUAAUGGUUUUUUCUGUGUAUACGUAGUGUUCUUUAACGUUGGAGCUUGAGAAUUUAUGAUGAUAGUUUUUGAAGCUUUUCAGAUGAAAAUUGUAAAAAAUAUAUUCUCUUACAUUUUGCAACCGAUAUAUAACUUUGCUUUGUAAUUAUUAAAAAGUAUGAUGUGGAGAAACAAAAUUUUG